GGAGGUGACCGGAGCGGCGGGAGAGCGGCCGCCCCGGGUCCUGCCCGUGCCCCGCUCCCGGGCCCGGCUGCACUCAGGGGCUUUUCCUCCCCAGGGGACGAUGGCAGAGAAGAUCCUGGUGACCGGCGGCGCCGGCUACAUCGGCAGCCACUGCGUGCUGGAGCUGCUGGAGGCUGGCUACGUCCCCGUGGUCAUAGACAACUUCCACAACACCAUCCGAGGGCCAGACGCGCUCCCCGAGAGCCUGCGGCGCGUGCAGCAGCUGGUGCAGCAGCCCGUCCUCUUCCGGGAGAUGGACAUCACGGACGGGGCAGCGCUGCACGAGCUCUUCACCCAGCACCGCUUCUCAGCCGUGAUGCACUUUGCGGGGCUGAAGGCCGUGGGGGAGUCUGUGCAGAAGCCCCUGGACUACUACAGGGUGAACCUCACCGGGACCAUCCAGCUGCUGGAGACCAUGAAAGCCCACGGCGUGAAGAACAUCGUGUUCAGCAGCUCUGCCACCGUCUAUGGAGACCCCAAGUACCUGCCCCUGGAUGAGAACCACCCGGCUGGAGGCUGCACCAACCCCUACGGCAAGUCCAAGUACUUCAUCGAGGAGAUGAUUCGGGAUCUCUGCAAAGCAGAGAGGGACUGGAACGCUGUUCUGCUGCGCUACUUCAACCCCAUCGGUGCCCACGAGUCGGGGAUGAUCGGGGAGGACCCUCAGGGCGUCCCGAACAACCUCAUGCCCUACGUGGCACAGGUGGCGGUGGGACGCCGCGAGUUCCUGAGUGUGUUCGGGAACGACUACAAGACAGACGAUGGAACGGGUGUCAGGGAUUACAUCCACAUCGUGGAUUUGGCCAAGGGCCAUGUCGCUGCUCUGAAGAAGCUCAAGGAGAACUGUGGCUGCAAGAUCUACAACCUGGGCACAGGCACCGGCUACUCCGUGCUGCAGAUGGUCCAGGCCAUGGAGAAAGCCUCGGGGCGGGAGAUCAGGUACAAGGUGGUGGCCCGGCGGGCCGGGGACGUGGCUGCCUGCUACGCGGACCCGGCGCUGGCCGAGCGGGAGCUGGGCUGGAAGGCAACCCGGGGCCUGGACCAGAUGUGUGAGGAUCUGUGGCGGUGGCAGCUGAAGAACCCCUCGGGCUUCAGCAAAAACUGAGCCCUCCUGGCUGCCCCCCCCAGGCUGUGAGCACCCCAGGGGCAGUGCUGGCGGGCAGGAGCACCCUCCUCAUCCCCUCAGGUCCUUUGCAUCUCAGAGAGCAGAACCACAAGGAAGAACAGAGCCAGGGCUGUGGCACCCAGGGCAGGGAAGCGCCCAGGGGCAGGCACAGGGGCAGGAGCAGGUCCUGGAGCUGCUCUGGGGCCCUCCCUGAGCCCUGGGAUGGGAGCACAAGCGCUGAGGAAACGGGGCCAGGGAGCAGGGGAGGCUCCGUGGUCUCAGGGGAGGUCGGGGACCCCCUACCUGGGGCACAGAGGGGGCUGCUGAGCACCUACCUCACGGCCUCUGGCCCCAGGAGCCCCCUCUCCCCCAGAGACCAGCACAGCCCCGGGGUGAAGGCCUGGAUGGCUGCCAAGGGCUUUCCCCACCUCCCCACAACCCUUUUCCCCUCUCCAACAUGAUUUUGGGGACUAAAUCUCUCCCCCCUGCUCCUGCCCGUGUGGUGCCCCCCAGAGCCCCUGCCUGCCAGCACUGGGGUCGGCUCCCACAGGGCCAGAGGCUGUGCCAGGCCGUGGCUGUGGGGCUGCUGCCCCAGCUCUGCCCUGGCAGCUCGGGCAGCGGAGCCACAGCUGCAUCGGUAACUUCAUGUGAACUGAGCUUGUGAGCUCUGUCUGAAAUAAACUUUCCUCCCUUCUCACUGGCAGCUUCUGUGCUGCUGCCCCACAGCAC